AUGGACACAGGAAUGAUCAUGCUACUCAUGUCCGGCUUGCCCAUGGCACCAGCCCCAGAUACCUUUGCACGAACACCAACCUAUGAAUUCGCAUGCAAACCCCAAUUUCGACCCGUAGCUCGCCGAAAAUUCGAAGGUCCUUUUCACAGAGGAGCAAACUUGAUGAGUUGGGAAAACGAAAAAAUAUCUAAUAGAGCCAUGGAAAAGAUGACAGGACUCAAUUGUCGUCGUGGCUUAGGUAUGCAAAAGCAAAAUGGUAAUUCGAGUUUGAGUUUGACUACGAGUUAUGGAUUUGGGUUUUAUUGGACGUGUUGUAAUCGUAUUUGUGCAAAGUCGAAGGUUAUAGGACGUUUGGGGGGUUUGAUGGAAAUUUCUGUUAAGGGUCCGGUGAGUUUUCUUUCUUUGAUGUUGAGAUUGAUGGAUUUUAUGGUAGAUUUUGCUGCUGCUGAUGCUAAUUGAUCGUAUAGUGUAAGAGGAAGAACUCGCUUGCGGAGGAUACAUGUGGAGAGUGUGGGCAUGAUGUUUGUGGUUAUUGUGAAAAGGUUGCUGAGUGUUCAGGGACAGCUGCGACUGGAAAGUCAAGUAGAAAUGUAGGUCAUAAAAUUUGCUGCAAUUUUAUUGGGGAGUGUAUACAGGGGAAAAUAGUAGCCGGGGGAAAGGAAAUUGGUGGAAUAUAGCCAGCCUUUAGCAAGGAGGCACAGCAAAUGAAGAAACCGUGACACAAAUGUAAUCUUAUGUGCUCAGAUGGGAUUAUCUGCAACAUGAACAGUCAUCCUCUAGGUCCCUGGGCCCCAAAAAGUUAUUCUAAGAUAUGACUGCAUCCUCAAUUCCUGUUCUAACUGUACUAAAUGUGGAUAAGAAGCCAAGAGGUAUUCUGCGAGAUCCCUAUCCAACCACAGCUGCUGCCAUAAAUCGAAAAUUUGGAAAUGGAUAUGUGAACAUGUAG